CUCAUCAAUCGCUACCUUCAUAGUUGACGACAAGCUCUACUUGAUUACAUUCUGGCAUUCCCCAAAGCGUUUCGACAGACACGAUUCGCACAACUCCAAUCCCUUUUUGUUCAAAACUCAGCGCCGCCACUGAGCGCAAGCAUUCUCGCCAUGGCCGACUAUAAUUCCAUGAAAGUCCCAGAGCUUAAGAAGUUACUUGCAGAGCGGGGCCUUCCUCACACCGGCAACAAGGCGGAUCUCAUUGCCCGUCUUACCGAGAACGACAAGCAGAAGGCGGCUGAGAGCGCGGAGUCGCAGGCCGACUCCUCCAACCCGCCCGCCGAAGACGAGAUUGACUACGAGGACGAUGACCUGCCCGCUCCCGUAAGCGAAAAACCUGUGCCCGCUGCUCCUGCUCCCGCCGCCGAGAAGGCCGAGGACGCGCCUGCAGAGCCCAAAACAGACGCGGCAACAACCACCACGACCGAAGCACCUAAGGCCGCCGGUGGCGACAGCGACAGGUCAACCACGGAAGGUGCCGCCGCCACCACAACCGCCGCCGCCGCUGGAGAAGAAGCAGCGGCAGCAGCCAAAUCAGCCUUCAGUCAGAACCUCGCGCCAACCAACCCGAAGACAGAAGCCGAGAAGCGCGCCGCACGCGCCGCCCGCUUCGGCGUCACGGCCGAUGAGCAGUCCGAGGAGGCAAGGAAGGCCGCGCGCGCCGCGCGUUUCGGCGUGGCUAAUGACCAGGUCUCGGCGCUGGACAGCGCGCUGCCGGAUCGGCCUCGCAAGCGCGGUCGGGCUGCUGGGGAGGGCGAGGGUGCGGCCACUGCUGUUGCUGCCGGGACCAAGGAGGAGGAUGGCGGCCGAGCUAGCAAGAGGAGCAAUCGUGGUGCUGGUGCGGGGAGGAAUCAUCCUCAGCAGCAGCAGCAGAAGGGUGGAAGGGGUAAGCAGGGUGGGAGGAGGCAAGGUAGUGGUGGUGGGAGGGUGCAGAAGGGAGAGAGCAAGGGCAGCGGCGUCAGCAAGGGUCCUAUCGACCCGGCGGAGAAGGCCAAGAUGGAGGCGAGGGCAAAGAGGUUUGCUGCUGCUGCUCCUUCUUGAGGGAAGGUAGGCAGUUCAUCUUUGGCGGAUUUGCUCCUUGUUGGGUUACGGGUUUUCGCUGGUGACUUUGAGGUCUUCAGGGCGGCUGCGGAUGAGCCUUCCAGCUGGCCAGUUACUCACCUCUCUGUUUCGCCCUUUGGGCCUGCCUUCCGUAGGAUUUAUUUGGCCUAUCUCUCUUAUGUCGUCGCGUUGUUCGAUUUUAUUUGCCGACUGAUCAGUGCACAAGAACUUUUUGAUGGGCGGAGGGUAGGGAGAUAACCUAGGUGUAUUCGGUCAAAAAUAAGGGGGGAAGACGGGAUUUUUACAUAUUGUAGCCAUAUCAUACCCCGGGCCAGACUUGGAAGGGCUGAAGUGCUCUCUUUUUGAUGGAACAAGGGGUAGGCAAAAAAGCGGAAAUGAAUUUAGGUGAAGAAAUA